AUGGAGUUUAAGACGUCCCCUACCUUUGAAAGUAUUGGAGAUGCGCUUGGACGAACGGUCUCUGUGGACUUGGAUAAUUCUAGAGUCCAAGUGGUGGUGGAUGCCUUCCAACAAUUAUGUUUCGAGACCACAGUGGAUUUUAAAGGUGGAGAGUUUUAUGAGGGUGAGGAAGUUGCGAUAUCCUUGAGGUAUGAGAAGCUCUUUGGAUUCUGUCCAAUUUGUUCAAGCUUGUGCCAUAAGGAGGAGAAGUGCCCCCUUGCUAAGCCGGAGGUGAAGAUGAGUCCUGCGAGAAAGAGGGAGACGGGUGAGGGUAAUGGUGGAUGGUUUGAAGUCGGGAAGCAUGAUGAUAGAGCUAGGAGUUACAAAGGAGUGGUUAUUAAUGGAAAUCAGGGCCAUCAGCAUAGAGAGAGAGAUAACAGGGAUUACUAUGGAAAAGGAAAAGGCAAGGUUGUCGAAGAGAAUGAUUCUAAAUGGGUGAAGGUGGCCGAGAAAGGGAAUAAAGGAGCAUUUCACAAUCGUGGAAACUAUAGAGGAGAUGGCGAUGGUUCUCGUCAGAGGAGUUCACGAAGAGAAGAAUCAAGGAUGACUGGUCAAGAUGGACGCUCGAAGGCGGCUGUAGGACACACAGGAGAUCAACGGUCUCAGCGUGGCUCACGUGUAGAGGCACAGGAGGAGGGUGCGAUAACGAAUGCUGAGGGGACUGAUAAGCAUUUACCUUCCCAAAAUUUUCAAGAGGAAUUGGCUCGAACUCAAGCGGCAGGAACAGAGGUUGUUUCAGACCCUAUGGAUGUGGAAAAUGGGCUCCAAGUGGUUCAGAGUUUGGUAGAAAACACUACUGCUCUGGAAGAGGACAGGGUAAUGGAUAUGGAUGAGAUAAAAGCGGUUUUUCUUGAGCAUGGUAUCGACAUGGAUGCAGCAGAUGAUCUUCAGGAUGGUUCUGAUGGGGAAUUUGAGAAAGCAGUAUUGGAGUUAGAAAAACAGAAUGGUGAAAAUGUUCACGUAGAGGAAGAAUUGGCCACUGGUGACGAGGAGAAACUGGCGGAGGAUGGAGAACUGGCGAAGAGACAAGGGACUCAUAAGAGGCUGUUCGAGACAACGAUAGGCACAGCUGCAAGCACUAAGCUGAGGAGUGCAAGUGCGAUGGUGUCUCCACGUAAACGAGGUGCAAGCAAACCAGGAGCACGCCAUGGAGAAAUGGGUAAGCAAAUGGAGAUUAAGGGUACCUCAAACCCUAAGACGGGACCUCAGAAACCGUGA